AUGUCGCAGCAACCCGAAGAGGUCCCCGAGAUCCAGGCCGAUCCCCAGGUCAUUGCUGACCUCGAGUCCGAGGCGGGCUCACUCGACGAUGACGGGAGGAACAGGCGAGUCAACUCGAAGCUCGAAAUCGGAAGCGAGUAUGGAACUAAUUGGUAUCCACAUAGCCUUCGAGAGUCUACGGCCUCUCUGAGUUCCAGUGUACGCGAGUUUCGCACUAUCAAGGGCAGAACCUAUCAGACAUCCAACACCAUUGACUACUGGGCGCCGAAUGAUGAUAAGCAGCUGGAGACCUUCGACGUAGUGCAUCACUUCACCUUGAUGCUCAUGGAUGACAAACUCUUCUAUGCUCCAGUUCCGGUGGAGAAAGGCGACCUGAAAGUUCUCGACGUAGGGACUGGAUCGGGUCUUUGGGCCCUUGACCUUGCGGACGAAUUCCCGGCUAUUGAGGUCAUUGGGACGGACAUUUCAGCCGUGCAGCCCAGCUGGGUCCCGCCGAACUGCAUCUUCCAGAUUGACGACGCCCAGCUUGAUUGGACUUUCAAGAGGGACCACUUUGAUGCGAUCCACGCUCGCAAUUUGUACGGCGGCAUCGACAAUUGGCAGCGUUUCUAUGACCAAGCAUUCACUCACUUGAAGCCUGGCGGCUGGUUCGAGAGCAUGGAGUUUGACAUCUUGGCUGGCUCUGAGAACCCCGAAGUCGAGAAUGACCCGAACCAUAUUUUCAAGAAAUGGGCAGGUCUCUUUUGGGAUGCGGGUGACAUCAUAGGCCGCAGCUUCCGCCAGGCUCAGUACAAAGGCCCGAACGAGGAGAUCAUGAUGGUAAAGUGCAUGAAGGAAGCUGGCUUUGUUGACAUUGUGCAUAAGAAGUGGAAGGUGCCCAUCGGAGGCUGGGCCAAGGACCCAUUUCUGAAGCAGGUUGGGCACUACGCUGGCCUCUUCAUGGACCAGUCACUUGAUGGAUGGGCGCUCCAGCCGAUUGGCGAGAUCCUGGGAUGGACGUACGAGGAGAUUAUGGUCCUCGUUGCGGAGAUGCGUAUAGCUCUGAGGAGCUCGAAAUCACUGCCGUACUUCAAUUACCACAUGGUGUACGGCCGGAAGCCGGAGAAUCCGUGGGUCCCUUCCCCUGCUUCUGACCCGGCACCGGUCCCGACACAAGCCGAAGCUGCUGCAUCUCCAGCACCGGCUUCGGCCCAAGCUGAGGCAGUGGCAUCUCCGGCGCCGGCUCCGGCUCAGGGCGAGUCUGCGGCAUCUCCAGCACCAGCAGUUGCAUCCCCUGGAAACACGUCCGCUGAGGCUACGUCCCGUGCGCCCUAA